GGAAGGUGACGGCGCAGGCCCAGAUGCUGGGAUGGGCCCUACGCUCAUGAUGUUGUGGAUGGCGUACGGCCUCGCGCAAAGAGAAAGACGUGCCUUCUUUAUCGACGACUCACGAUGGGCCUAUGGUGAAUAUGCCGCCAUUUUCAAGCCGCCGCCGAUGCCCGAUUGCAUCCCACCACCACGCCACGAGAUGCUGCCGUGCCCCCAUGCCGCGCGGCAUUUAGUUGUGUCUGCCGCCACGGCGCCCGAGACCUUCGGCGACCGCUUUAGUCGCGAAUACGAGAAUUCUCAUUAUGACAACGUGGAUAGAGAGCGACCAACCUAUAACCUAGCUCGAGCUGGGUACGAGGCUCUAUUCCACCUUAACCAUGAGGACACACCCUACGUAACCGAUCGUGUCAAGCAGCUUAGAGCAAUGGCCGAGACGAAGGAGGGAAGUCGCAGCAACGGAGUGAUCGUCGGCGUACACAUCCGACACGGCGAUUUACACCCGUACGAAUAUCAAUACAACGGGGCGUAUAUCCCUUUGACUAUCUACGCGCAGCGAGCUAAGGAGAUCAUCGAGGAGCACCAUAACUCGAGUGCUCCGCUGGGAAGCGAGGAUGUAGCCGCUAAGAAGCGUUCGUUCUCUAUACUUGCGUCGGAUGACCCCGACGUCUACGAAUCGGAAGAGUUCUCGAGCUCUUUCCGAGCCCAAGAGCAAAUCAAGCUCGCGAGCAAGCAGCACAUACAAAAGGCAAACCCGGACAAGUCGGUGAUGCACAAAUUUGUCGACGAGACGUUCGGUUGGGAGGGCGGUUUCUUUGGGACCAUGUUCUGGAACCUAGGCCGCUCGGCCCUCCAUAGCGCCAACGCGGCUGAAAAGGUCCCGACGUCGCUUAAACCGUCACCAGAGACCGUGCGGCUUCGAGGGCUGAUCGGUCGGGCAUACAUGCUUGAUCUAGCUGUCCUGGGCCAAGCCAGCGACGUCGUCAUAUGCACUAUGAGCGCUAUGGGAUGUCGGCUGCUGGCUGUGAUUAUGGGGUGGGAGAAGGCGAUGGAGGACCGUAAAUGGGUCAACAUCGACGCCGACUACCGGUGGACCGCAUUAUCAUUAUAGCCUACAAGCACUCGGCACGGCGUUCAGGUGUUGAUUUUUUUUAUUCACAGCAAGUUUCCCGCUCCCAGGAACUGGCGCAGCAAGAAUAAAACAAGGAUAUCCUGCAUGUGGCGUACAAUGGAUACAUACCUUUUUUUUUUUUCAAGAUCACGGCGUUGGGUUGGAUGGAUAGGAUAGAAGGCGGACAGCAUGGUUCAUUGUUGAUUCACUCCGGUUCAGCGGCAAAGACGCGGUACAUUUUUUUAUAAAAAAAACUGGAAGCUUUCAAUAGGGGAGAGACAAGGUUGGCGUAUGAUGAAUUACAGAUCAGCGGUUGCGCUUCAUACCCUAGAUAGAAGAAGUACGCGCCUAUCCCAUCCGCAAGGGGGGCAACGAAAGGGACGGAAGGGAGGGGGUUUGAUAUUGAACCGAGAGAAGGCCAACGCCCCCAACGAGGCCAGUGCAAGCCGGAUCGGCUGCAAAUCCGAUUCCUUUUUUUAACGUCGCGAGGGCAUGAACAACUACUAUGUUGCUGGUGACACUUGUUCAUUUUAGACGCUAGUAAGUUUGGUGACACUCCGACCUGGCAAUUGUAAAUGCCAUGCAUAGGGCCUUGUGAUGGCUCAGGUAGGCCGACAGGGAAGUAUGUCGCAGAGGCUUAUUCCCCAGGGCCCGCUGACGAGGUAUGUGGCCGUAGCCUAGUCGGGCUGUCGCUGUUGCGUCACGAGUCUCUCUUUUGUCCCCCCCCCCCCUCCCCCGUGCUGUCUUUGC